GUUGCUUUAAUCUCAGCUCAGAUCUUCAUUGACAAGUCGGAGCAAGAUGCUUCCACUGCCAGCGUUUCUGCUCAUUCUCUCUGCGGUUGUUGCCGUGCACCCGGUCCUAGCUAAGACUUCAAGGAAUGCCACGGGACACGAUGAAUCCAACUCCAACGCACAGCCUCACAUUAUCUUCAUCCUGGCAGAUGACUUGGGCUGGAAUGAUGUCAGCUUCCAUGGCUCCGAUCAGAUUCCAACCCCAAACCUUGAUGAGUUGGCCUACAGUGGAGUUAUGCUGACCAAUUACUAUGUCCAGCCCAUCUGCACUCCAACACGAAGUGCUCUAAUGACAGGCAGAUACCCAAUACACACAGGAAUGUGGCAUGGUGUUAUCUUGGGCCCCGAACCUUGGGGUCUUGGCUUAAACGAAACCAUUCUACCGCAAUUGAUGAAACAACAAGGAUACAGCACGCAUAUGGUGGGCAAGUGGCAUCUGGGGUUUUUCAGCGAGGAGCACAUUCCCUCCCAACGUGGAUUUGAUUCUUACUAUGGUUACUACCUUGGCAAGCAGGACUACUGGACACAUUAUAACUCAGAGCUCAGAUUUUCGGGCUUUGACUUCCACAAGAAUGGCAGCAUAUUCAAGCCUGUGUAUGGCCAGUACUCUACGAAUCUCUACACCCAGCAAGCUGAACAUAUCAUUGCUUCACAUAAUAAAUCAAAGCCGCUGUUCCUGUAUUUCGCACAUCAAGCAGUUCACAGCGGGAACGACAAACGACAUGCCCUGGAGGCACCAAAAGAAUACUACGACCGAUUCCCGAACAUCACUGACGAAAACCGACGCAUGUUUGCAGCCAUGGUGGCUGUCAUGGAUGAAUCGGUCGGCAACGUCACCCGGGCCUUGAAGCAAGCUGGACUAUACGACAACUCUGUCAUCAUCUUCUCGACCGACAACGGAGGCCCGGCACACGGCUUUGACUUCAAUCACGCCAAUAAUUACCCCCUGCGAGGCGUCAAGUCUACGUUGUGGGAGGGGGGAGUCCGAGGCACUGCCUUCGUGCACAGCAACCUACUGAAGAAGACUGCCCGCAAGUCACAUGACCUGCUGCAUGUCAGUGAUUGGAUGCCUACGAUUUACGGCUUGGCUGGUGGAGACGUAAGCACCUUGAAAGAUCUGGAUGGCUACGAUAUCUGGCCUACUCUCUCAUUGGGACAGAAAUCACCACGAUCCGAGAUCCUGCUGAACAUCGACACGGAAUCGGGCUAUUCCGCCCUUCGCAUGGGGGACAUGAAGAUUCUUACCGGUGAUGUUGGAGAUGGGGACUGGGAAGGAUGGUACGAGCCUGAGGGACUGCCACCACAUUACGUCCCCCCUCCCCCGCCUGAAGGCGCGUUUGCCGUUCACUGCCCAACAAAACCCAGCAAUGCAUCCACUAAUUGCAACCCAUUCCGGGCAACAUGCCUGUACAACAUUACUCACGAUCCAUGCGAGUUCUACAACAUCGCAGACUGGAAUCAAGAUAUCGUAGCUUCCAUGACGAAACGUCUGGACGAGUACAAAGCCAGCAUGGUACCGGCACGCAACAAACCCAGAGACCCCAAUGCUAACCCUGCUCUACAUGGAGGAUACUGGGUUCCCUGGAUCAAGACUGACUAGAUGAGACUGACCUGCCUGAUGUCAAGAGUAGGCCUAGUUGACUAGUGAAUUUCAGUAGUCGCGAUUAUAACACCUCACCCACAGAUUCUGUAUCUUGAUUGGCCAAAAGCGAGUCACAUGGUAUACAAAUAUUGA